AUGUUAUCUCGGGGACCUUACGCUACUGUAGCAUGUAUUAACUGUCAAAACAAACAUAAAAAAUGCUCGGGAGCAGUUACUUGUACGAACUUUGCAGAAAAGAAGCUCGAAUGCAUCUUUAUUAACUCAGGCAAAAAACGUGGUCCAAAUUCUAAAUCCAAGGUAUGCACCGAUCCACAUUAUCCGAAUGCACGUGAUAAUAGACGACCAUCCUAUGGAACGCAGUUCUUUAUAAGCUCCACACAACCUCACUCGCAUGCACAAAAUGUUCAUCUCACAUUGUCAGAAUAUUUUAAUAAUUCAAAUCAAGAACUCAGAACUUCACAGCCUAAUAGCUAUAAUGUUAUUACCCAAGAAAUAAGUCUCUCUCCUCAAGCAGAUUUAAACGCCAAAUAUACCGCAGCUAUAAAUAACCAAGAAACCAUGCAUAUUAAUUUUAUCGAUAACCCGUCAAUUUUAUGGUAUAAUGGAGAAUUUCCUAAUUUAUCAAACAGUCAAUACAAUGGAAUGCAGUUAUUCUCUGUAGACUCUACACAAGACAACUCUCCUGCACAAAAUAUUCAUAUCACAUCUUCGGAAGACUUUAAUACUUCAAUUCAAGACCAGUUUAGAAUGCCACAGCCUAAUAGCUAUAAUGCUAUUACCCAAGAAACUAUCUUCUCUCCUCAAGCAUAUUUAAAUGCUGAACAUACCACAGCUAUAAAUAAUCAGGAUACCGUGCACAUUGAUUUGAUCGAUAACAUGCAUAAUAGAGAGUUUUCCAAUUUAUCAAACGGUCAAUUUUCAUUCGACCCUCUUGAUUCGGAUGGUUAUUACUUUCAUAAUCAAUACAAUGGGAUGCAGUUAUUUUCUAUAGACUCUACACAAGAUAACUCUCCUACACAAAAUAUUUAUUUCACAUCAUCAGAAUAUUUUAAUAAUACAAAUUAA